AUGGGGGACACCAGGAUAAGUGGUGAGGUAAUCGGGAUUGACCUAGGGACGACCUUCUCCUGCGUCGCCGUCGCUCGGAAGGGCCACGGCGUCGAGAUCUUAGCCAACGACCAAGGCAACCGAACCACCCCUUCCUACGUCGCCUUCUCCGCCGCCACCGCCAGUUCCGAACGCUUCAUCGGAGAAGCCGCCAAGAACCAGGCCACUCUCAACCCUCACCGGACGAUUUUCGACGCCAAGCGGCUCAUCGGGAAAAAGUUCGACGACCCAGAAGUUCAGAAAGAUUUGAACUACUUGCCCUACCCUGUCGUGGAGAGGGACGGAAAGCCUUGCGUCCAACUGGAAGUUAACGGCGAGCCGGUAUCCUUCACGCCGGAAGAAAUAAGCGCCAUGGUGCUGUGGAAAAUGAAGGAGACCGCGGAGUCGUAUCUUGGGAAGCAAGUCACCAACGCCGUCGUCACCGUCCCUGCCUACUUCAACAACUCCCAGAGGCAAGCAACUAAGGACGCUGGCAUCAUCGCCGGCCUUAAUGUUUUAAGGAUAAUCAACGAGCCUACUGCCGGCGCCCUAGCCUACGGUGUGAACCAGGACCCCAACACAAAGAGGAACAUUCUGGUUUACGAUUUAGGUGGUGGCACGUUCGACGUCAGCGUUUUGGAAAUCGACAGUGGCAUAUUCCAGCUGAUUUUCCAGAUACUUGCCACGGGUGGUGACACACAUCUCGGCGGGGGAGAUUUCGAUCAGAGGGUGAUGGAGCAUUUCGUUCAGCUAAUCAAGAAGAGGCACAACAAGGAUGUGAGCGGUCACCCGAAAGCUCUUGGGAAGCUGCGGAGGGAAUGCGAGAGGGCGAAAAGGGUUCUGAGCAUUCAGACCGAGACUCGAGUCGAGAUCGAUUCCCUGAUGGAUGGAACGGACUUCUCCGAGCCACUGACGAGAGCGAAGUUCGAGGAUUUGAAUUUGGAUCUGUUCGAGAGGACAAUGAGAGUGGUGAGGUCGACCCUGAAAGAUGCAAAGAUGGAGAAGCGCGAGAUUGACGAGAUUGUGCUGGUUGGGGGGAGCACCAGAAUCCCCAUGGUGAGGGAGAUGUUGAAGAAGGAGUUCGACGGGAAAGAGCCGAGCAAAGGGAUCAAUCCCGACGAGGCCGUGGCUUAUGGAGCUGCUAUCCUUGGAGCCAAUCUCACUACCGACCAAGUUGGUGUUAUUCUACUCGAUGUUACUCCCUUGAGCUUGGGGGUAGAUGUAGUAGGUGAUCUGAUGUCAGUAGUGGUGCCCAGAAAUACACCCAUUCCUACAAAGAAGACUCGUGAGUACAAAACCGUGAAAGAUCAGCAAUCUAUCAUAUAUUUUUUGGUUUUGCAAGGUGAAAGAACCUUGACUAAAGAUUGCCUCCAACUCGGGAGUUUUGAAAUCACAGGCAUUCCACCGGCUCCAAGGGGAGCUGUGCCUGUGGAGGUGACAUUCGAGAUUGACGCAUCUGGAAUUCUAUGUGUCACGGCCAAGGAGGAAACCACCGGGAAUUCUCAGUCCAUUACAAUUGACAACUACAAGAGGAAUUUGAAUUCGAGGGAGAUUGAGAGGAUGAUCCGAGAGGCAAGAGAGAUGGCCGAGCACGACAAGAAGGAGAAGGCGCGUGUUGAUGCGAGGAACCAAUUGGAACGCGCCAUUUACGACUUGAAGAAGGCGGUGUCCGAGAAGCUUCAUAUGUACGAUGGUGAUAAGACCGUAGUGGAGGCUGCAUUGGAUGAAGCUUCAGACUGGUUUGAUGGCAACAAGAAUGCAUGCAUGCAAGAGUACAAGGACAGAUUCAAUGAAGUCAGUGAAAAAUUAAAAGAGAAUCACGAGGAAAGAGUUCAUCUUCCCCAUGGCAUACAAAAUUGUGCGGGACUUUUUUGCACCAACUUAUUUGCAAGAUGA